AUGGAUUUCCGUGAGGUCUGGAUGAACACUGACGUCGGUGGAGCUGGCGAGGAGACUCCGCACGUGUUGGCCGCCAAAACAUGUGUGGAGAAUUUGAAAACCGCAGAGGACAACUGCGUGUACCUCCUGGCCAUCUCUCUCUUCUUGCUCAUCCUCAACGUCGCCUCAAUCGUCUUCUUCAACCGUCUCGCCAUCAUCAAAUGCUAUCGUGCUCGUUUCCAACCGCUUCCCUCGUCGGAAACCGCGUCGUCGAUCUUCCGCGGCGCGUUCGAUCACGACGCUUUUGAUAUGAAGGGAUAA